AUGUCUCUCUGGCGGUAUAUUUACCACAAAUGCUUCGCAGUGAUUCUCCGUACCCUCACUCGGAUCCGGUGGACCAUCCGGCGGGUCUCGGUGCGCCCAGAUGAAGUGCGCACCAUUUCAUCCCGGGAUGCGGGCAGAACCCUCAAGGUGCAUGUGUACCGCUCAGGCCCAUCUUCGGGUCCCUCGCCCGUCCUGCUCAACUGGCAUGGAAGUGGAUUCAUGCUUCCUCUCCAUGGCAGUGAUGAUGAAUACUGUCGGCGCGUGAGCCGCGAAACCAAAUACACCGUGCUAGACUUGCCCUAUCGCAAAGCCCCCGAACACCCGUUCCCUGCGGCACUCCACGACGUCGAGGACGCCGUCAACUACGUUCUCGGUCGGCCGGACGAAUUCGACCUCAGCCAUGUAUCAAUCUCUGGAUUCAGCGCCGGAGCCAAUCUCGCCCUGGCGCUCUCUGCGGUAUUGUUUCCGCCUGCUACGUUCCGCUCCCUGAUCGCAUUUUACCCGCCACUCGAUCUGAACACCGACCCUGGAGCUAAGGUCGCACCAGAUCCGUCCGGGCGGGUGAUACCCGUCCCUGUUGCGCGCAUCUUCAGCGGCGCCUAUGUGCCCACCAACUCCCCAUACGAUAGACGCGAUCCGCGCAUCUCACCGGCCUUUGCGCCGUUGGAGAACUUCCCGCGCCGCCUGCUGGUGGUUACCGCGUCCGGCGACUCCCUUGCCCCCGAAGCGGAGGACUUUGCACAUCGGCUCCAGCAGCGGCCGGGCUGGCAUGUAGUCUUGAAGCGCAUGGAGGGCUGUAAUCAUGGGUGGGAUAAGCAACAUCCCAAGCCGGGCACGCCGCAGCACCAGGCCAUGGACGAUGCGUACACUCUGGCCAUCGAGAUGCUGAACGAGUAG